AUGGUUUUCGUUUUCGAAGCCUUAGUUUUGGCUUUAGCCGCUGUGUUGUUCUACCGCUACCGUAAGAACCGGAUAAAGUACCGGGAAGUGUUCAGACGUUUUCCGGGUCCCAAACCAUUGCCGAUUCUGGGAAAUGCAAUCGAGGUGUUGCACCUGAAAGUGACUGACUUUUUGGCUUUUACCUGUGAUCUGUUCAGACAGUAUGGACCGAAUGUGCUGCUGCAUGGUCCCUUCGGCGAAGUCAAUCUUGUGCUAUCGAGCUCGGAUGCCAUUAAGCGGGUCUUGCUGUGCAAAGAGACUAAAAAGCAUUACAUCUAUGAAAACAUGAAAUUCGCCAUCGGCACAGGACUGGCAGCUUCGGACGGGGAGCUCUACGAUCAGCGAAGGCGCAUUAUAGGGCCGACAUUUGACUUCAAAAUGAUGGAACACUUUUUGCCAGUGUUUAAUCAUGAAUCGGAUCGGUUGGUGGAGAAGUUGAACGUGCACUUGGAUGGGAAAGAAUUUAACAUACUCAGCUAUAUAGCGCUGAAUAUGCUGGAUAACAUUUGUGAAACCUCCAUGGGUGUAACAAUCAACGCAAUGGACAAUCCCGAUAGUGAAUAUGUGACCGCAGUGCAGGACUCUUUCCGUGAUUUACUCCAGUGGACAAUGAGUGCAUUCCGGUUUUGGCCCGCCAACUAUCUGUAUCCGGCGUACUGGCGCCUACGGCGGCAGCGUGAUAUAAUUGUUCACUUUACGAACACAGUAUUGCAAACAAGGCGCCAACUUAAACAGCAACAACUCCGGGACACUCCUGCUGGAAGCAACGAUUCCGGCGAUGCCGAUAUGUACGGAAAGCAAAGACUAAACUUUGCAGAUUUGCUACUGCAGGAAAGUUCUCUUCGUGAUAGUGAUGUACUAGACGAAGUAGUCACGUUUUUGAAUGCUGCAUGGAAAUCAACUUCUAUUGGGUUGUACUUCACAAUACUUCUAAUUACUCUUCAUCAGGAUGUCCAACAACGUUUGUACAAAGAGAUUACCCAAGUGCUAGAGGGUGACAGUAAGCGUCGGCCCCUAACUCAAGCAUGCUUGAAGCGGAUGACAUAUCUGGACAUGGUACUCAAGGAAUCGUUCCGGCUGUACACUCCCAUUCCAACGAUUGGACGAACGUUGCUGAAAGACAUGGAAAUCGAUGGCGUCAUGGUACCACGUGGAACAUAUGCGGUUGUGUCGAUCUUCAAUUUACACCGCAACCCGGAAGUCUAUCCCGAUCCGGAACGUUUCAAUCCGGAAAGGUUUUCCGAAGAGAACGGCACUCCAAUCGGACCGUACGACUAUAUGCCAUUCAGUACUGGGUUCCGAAAUUGCCCUGGGCAACGAUUUGCCCUCCUCGAGUUGAAAGUGGUGCUGGUGAAGUUGCUGGCAAGAUACAAAUUUCUACCUGGAAAAUCCUUUCACUCGAUUGUCGUGAAGGGUGACUUGGCGUUGAGACCGGCAGAAAAAUACCAAAUUCGAAUUGAGCGCCGAAACGAGUAUUGUACUUACCCUUUGAACCCAUCGGUAGCUUGUAGAUUAUUGCACUCGCUUAGCUGCAAUCAUGAUUUGGAGCGCAAACAUAAGAAAAUUGAAAGCCCGGCUGAUAACGGUUAUCAGCUCCAGCGGUGUUCUUCGCAGUGCAUGGGGUAUCUUCGAAGUGGAAAGCUCGAGCGGUGA